AUGUUUAUAUAUUUCCUGAUAGUAUUAUUUGAUACUUUUUAUAUAUGUGAUAUGAAUUUUUCUAAUUUUAAAUGGACUCAUGAUUUAUUUAGUAUAAGUGAUUUACAUGGUGACAUGGAUUCUUUUAUAAAAAUUUUAUUAAAUGAACAAAUAAUUGAUAAAGAUAACAAUAUUCUUAAAGAAAAUGUGUUAAUAGUUAUAACUGGUGAUAUUUUAGAUCCUAAUUAUGAUGAUAUAAAUAUUGUAUUUUUUAUUGAAGGAUUUAAUGAAAAAGGAAAAGACAAAAAUUCUAGUAUCCUUUUGAUUUUGGGAAAUCAUGAAGUGAAAAAUUUAUGUUUGGAUUUUAAUAAGAAAAAAAAAGAUAGCAACAAAUAUAAUAGUAGAAACAAAUUGUUUAAGAAAAAUGAAAAAAUUUAUAAUUAUUUAAUUAAAAAUCCUUUUGUUGUAAAAGUAAAUGACAUUAUAUUUUCUCAUGCUGGUGUGUUACCUUUUUAUUCUUCUUAUGGUAUUAAUUUUAUAAAUGAGGAAGGAAAAAAAGAAAUAGAAAAUAAUUGUGAAUUAUUAAAAGAAAAAAAGAAAAAGAAAGAAGAACUAUGUAUUUGUUGUGAAUACGGCCCCACAUUAAAUAGAUAUUAUUCAUAUAUUAGUAAUAAUAUUUUUAAAAAAUCUAAAGUAUGUUCUACCCUAAUUAAAUCAUUAAAAUUAUUAAAAUCUAAUAAAAUGGUAAUUGGACAUACUGUUCAAAAAAAUAAAAAGGUUAAUAGUUUUUGUGAAGGGAAGCUUCUAUUAGCUGAUACUGCUAUAAGUAAAUGGAAGAAAGGAGUAAUAUCAUAUGUUCAAUAUUUUAAAAAUGGAACAUAUAAUGUAAAAUAUAUUGAAAGAUAA